AGGCGCGGGCAGGCGGGGGGAAAAAGGCUAAACGGCGAGGGAACAAUGGGUGGUAUGGCUUACGAAGGGUUCCAUGAUCCCAGUCAGAGCUGUCAACCUCUCUUGUGCAUAUUGGUACCAAACUCUCCCCUCUUCAUCUGCGUGAGACGCGUCGAUGGUGAAACAACGAAGAGGAGCAGCUGGAUAUUCUCAUUAUCGAUUUGGUAGCCCUAGGCAGACAAGAAGCUCUCCCAGUAUCGUAAUUGGACGAAGCGGAGACCCGCCGGGACGGCGGCAGAUGCUGAACCAUGGAAACAAAAGAGACGGUGCAGAAAACUCUUCGAGACCAAAGCACUUUGGUGGGACGGCGCAGGCAAUUUCCGUGUCAGAACCAAGAACUGGACAACACCUUGGGACGUCGAGACUAAAAGGAAUGAAUCUAGUGAUCCACCGACGCUCUUGGGCGGACUCAGCCAGCAAGUGCAAGAAUCAAUCCACCCAGCGUGGCCCCAGGGUGCAAAGCCGGAGCGCAGACACGGUUCGGGUAGGCCCAGUCGGAGGGUCCCGUUCGCGGCUGCGCUUACACCUCCUCCAACCCAGAACACACGGCAGACCUGCCAUCACAGGCAGCCAGGAGGUCGUGAACUGCAUCCCCAAUCUGGCGUGUUCCCCUUUCAUGGGGCCAGGGGCUAUCGACCCUAGAUGCGGCGCUUUUCGUCGAGAUGGCCCUGGUCUUUUUCCUUGCAGUCUUUGACGCCGAACGGUGUCGUUUUCCCUGAUGUGGGAGAGUGUGACACCUCGGAAGUGGCCGUCAGAGCUAGCAAACAUUCCCCCUGUGAGAUGCUUCACCAUCUGGCACCAGUUUGCCAUCUUCCACUUUGUCAUCCUCGUUCUGUCUUCUUUGGGAGAUGAUGGUAUUAAUAUACCUGGGAUAAUGAUGACGUCCAUGUUCCCAAUCAGAUGAGACGUAUUAGCAAUAACACUGAUGGACCAGGAAUCUCCCUAGGUGUCACUGGGGACCGACCCAGGUACAAGCCUUCGUUGAGCGCGGUGGACCGAAAUAAAAAUGCAGGAAGAUCACAUUGCAAUCACUGUCAUGGCCUUUCGACGUCUGCCGGAUAGAGGUAACAUGGAG